UGAGCGUCAUUCAAUAUACAUUGAAACGAAGUGACAGCACUCUGUGAUCGAAUUGUGUGAGAAAAAAAAGUGAUUACUACAUUAUUAAGUUUAUAAAACAAACGAGGUGAAUUUACAUAGUAUCUAAAAUGGCAUUUCAUCCAUUUUUCGUCGACCCACAUCCAAGACGCCUGAUGGAACAGAACUUCGGCUUAGGAUUGACGCCCAACGAUAUCUUGACGAUCGUUGCAGUCCCUCAAACGAACAGGAAUUACUACAGGCCGUGGAGAAACCUUCAGGCUACCGAACAAGACUCAGGAUCUACUAUCAAAGAGGAAAAGGAUAAGUUCCAAGUCAAUUUGGACGUCCAACAUUUUGCUCCUGAAGAGAUAUCUGUGAAGACAGCAGAUGGAUUUUUAAUAAUUGAAGCCAAACAUGAAGAAAGGAAAGACGAGCAUGGAUUUAUUGCUCGAAGUUUCACAAGGCGAUAUCGUAUCCCAGACGGUAUACAGGAGGAUUGUGUUACCUCUAAGUUAUCUUCAGACGGCGUGCUAAGUAUAACCGCACCCUUGAAGGCUCCUCCAAAGGUUGAGAAUGAACGAGUGGUUCCUAUUAUUCAAACUGGACCAGUGAAGAAGACCGAAGAAGGACAAAAUGAAAAUUAAACUUGCAUUUAUCUAAUACCUAUUAAUUCAAUGUAAGCAUUCCUAAUGUUAGGUUAUUCUGAUCUCGUGAGUUUUUUUUAAUUGUUUGUAAAAAUACAUUGCAUUCUAGUCA